AUGAGUGAUCGUUCUUUCACCUGCCUCGGGGCACCUGCUCCCGUCACGGAAUGUUACUCGCUCCCCUUCUACCGCUGCACGGGCACCACUGCUACCACCAACAAGAACUUGGGGCUUCCUUUCUGCACCGGCAAUGCUAUUACGGAGCAACAGUGCUGCAGCUCGUGUAUCAAUAGCACCACGUGCUCGUACUGGCAGAUGUUCAAGCCUGGCGGCGCCACGUGCAACGGAUGCGGCAUCUGCAUUUUGUACCCGCCGGGCUUCUCGCCCAAGUGCGUAACGUCCCAGUAUGACAUGGAGCUGCCCGACGGCACCACCUUCCCACGCAACAACGCCAACAUCAGCGUCGUCGGCCACCCGUGCGGCGAGGGCGAGAACGACCCCCACUUCCGCGGUGCGCACGGAACGCGCUUCGAGUUCAACGGUCUGCCGGAGCAGUCGUUCUGCCUGCUGACGGACCGCAACCUGCACGUGAACAUGCGCAUGCGCGGCUACUACGACACGCGCACCACCGGCGCGUCCAUCCUCAAGAACGGCAAGGCGGUUCGCACGUGGAUCCGUGAGCUGGGCUUCCUCUGGACCGACGCCGCCGGCAAGAAGCACUCGUUCCGCCUGCUGGCGCGCGACGGCAAGAAGACGGCGCGCGGAAAGGGCUUCCUGAAGGAGAUCGAGUACGACGGGCACGUGCUGCCGCUGCUGAAGCUCGGCGAGAAGUACUCGCUCAAGGGCGGGCUCACGUUCGCGUUUGAGGCGUACGAGAAGGCGGGACGCGGCUUCUUCGACGUGGACUCGUAUCACUUGGAGAUCGAGGGGCUCCUCAAGAUGGGCAUCAAGCUCCGCGUGGCGCACCCGCUGCUGCAGACCAAGGACGACGCCGAGGCGCAUUUGAACGUGCACUUCGAGCACAUCUACAGGACCGACGACAUUCACGGCAUCAUGGGGCAGACGUACCGCGACGGCCGCGAGAAGCGCGCGCUCGACUACAACACGCUCUCGCAGGUGAUUGGCCGCCCAAUUGCUGCUGACGGGCCAAGUGGUGCUGGUUUCCUGGACGGCAACGUGAAGGACUACCGCACGUCGGGCGUGCUGUCGCCUGACUGCCUGUACACGGCGUACGACGGCCACGACCUGCCCACGAUUGCGUCGUACAAGGGCAUUCAAAUGGCUUGA